AUGAACCUCAGGGCGAUCAACAGCGAGUCCGCGCUCUGGGACCCCGCUGGGUCGCAGUGGGUCUACCUAGAGCUGUCGAGUAGCAAAGUCGUGUGGACGGUUCCUACAUCCCCCCCUUCGUAUGGUGGACAUGGCGAUGAAGGUGCUCGCAGAUUCGACAACAGCCACGGCGGCGGUUAUGAUGCCGGAUAUGGUGGGCAGGGAGGGUAUGGAGGACAGCCUGGGUAUGCCGGGCAGGGCGGAUAUGAUCAAAGUGGUUAUGCGGAGCAGGGCGAGUAUAAGGACAAAGACAAGAAAAAGGACGAUAAGAAGAAGAUGAUGAUGGGGGCCGCUGGUGGCCUGGCCGCUGGCGCAAUCGGCGGUGCGCUACUCAUGAACGCUCUCGAUGAUGAUGAUGACGAACAUCGCGCACCGAUGCAGGGAGAACUGCCUCAUGAGACGGCGGAUGGGAGCUCGGUUAGUAGUAGUGAUAGGGAGGAGGUCGAGGAGGCGUAUGAGGAUACGUACGGUUCGGAUUAG